UCGUCACUUUCACUGUCACUUGAGGAGCCGUAGUUUGCCACCAAGGAGCCAAGAGCUGAGCUCAUCUUUUUCGGGGCCACAACCAGGCCGCCGGUCCUGGAUUCACCUGCUGGAUCCUCCCGGUCAGAAUCUGGAGAAUGAGUCACUUUAUGAAAUUUUGAUGCAAGGAGCACCAAUCACAGCCCGGACUUCUGUUGACGUGACACUCACCGUAUGGACGUUUGGCUCGGUUGUUUCCCCGGCCGGCCCCGUGAUGCCAGCCCGCCUGGUCGCCGUGGUUCCAGCCGCUGGGCUCGGAGGGCGUCUCGCACCAGCUCCACAUGCUGGCGGUGAAGCUGCUGCAGCGGGGCUGCGGCGGCUGCUGCUGCGGCUGGAAGGAGCUGGGUGGCGGCCCCCCGAAGUCCGGAGGAGGAUAAUGUCCCGGAUCACGUCUUCCGGCUGACGGGACCUGGCAACCCGUACGGUCUCUUCCUGCCGCCUGGCCGCGUGUGAUCAGUCUCAGCAGCAGCAGCAGCAGCAGCAUCGUGGUCACGUCUGCUCUGAGUCAAACUUUAUUGAGAAAUAACCGAGCAGCCGCCAAGAUGCUCGUGUUAUUCGAGACCGCCGCUGGUUAUGCGAUAUUCAAGGUUCUCGAUGAAUCCAAGCUGCAGCAGGUCGACAGCCUCUACAAGGAGUUUGACACCCCUGAGAAGGCGAACAAGAUUGUGAAGCUGAAGCACUUUGAGAAGUUUCAGGACACGACAGAGGCCUUAGCAGCUGCCACGGCCCUCACCGAGGGAAAAAUCGGCAAGAGUUUGAAGAAAGUGCUGAAGAAGGUGGUCGCCAAGGAGGCGCACGAGCAGCUGGCGAUCAGCGAUGCCAAACUCGGCGGAGUUAUCAAAGAAAAGCUGGACCUGAGCUGCGUCCACAGUCCUGCUGUGGCCGAGCUGAUGAGAUGCAUCAGGGGCCAGAUCGAGGGUCUGAUCACCGGACUUCCUCCCAGGGAGAUCAGCGCCAUGUCUCUGGGCUUGGCUCACAGUUUAUCACGCUACAAGCUGAAGUUCAGUCCAGACAAGGUGGACACUAUGAUUGUGCAGGCUAUUUCUCUUCUCGAUGACCUGGAUAAAGAGCUGAACAACUACAUCAUGCGCUGCAGAGAGUGGUACGGCUGGCACUUCCCCGAGCUUGGAAAAAUCAUCACCGACAACCAGGCGUACUGCAAAUCUGUCCGCAAAAUCGGCGAUCGUACAAACGUGGCGACCUCUGACCUGUCAGACCUGCUCCCCGAGGAAAUCGAGGCUGAGGUGAAACUGGCCGCGGAGAUCUCCAUGGGAACGGAAGUGUCGGAGCAGGACAUCGGCAACAUCAAGCACCUGUGUGACCAGGUGAUUGACAUUACAGAUUACCGCACCCAGCUGUACGACUACCUGAAAAACCGAAUGACGGCGAUCGCCCCCAACCUCACCGUCAUGGUGGGCGAGCUGGUCGGCGCCCGCCUCAUCUCGCACGCCGGUUCCCUCCUGAAUCUGGCAAAGCAUCCAGCCUCCACUGUGCAGAUCCUCGGAGCAGAGAAGGCCCUGUUCCGAGCCCUGAAGACCCGCAAAGACACACCCAAGUACGGCCUCAUAUACCACGCCUCUCUGGUAGGCCAGACAACAGCCAAGAACAAGGGCAAGAUCUCCAGAAUGCUGGCAGCCAAGGCGUCGCUGGCUAUUCGCUACGACGCUCUGGGCGAGGACACAAACGCAGAGAUGGGAAUAGAGAACCGAGCCAAGCUCGAGGCCAGGCUGCGGCAGCUGGAGGAGAAGGGAAUUCGGAGAAUCAGUGGAACAGGCAAAGCGAUGGCAAAGGCAGACAAAUACCAGCACAAGAGUGAAGUAAGAAUGUACGAUCCGUCUGGCGACUCCACUAUUCCCUCCACCUCUAAGAAGAGGAAGUUUGAGGAGGUAGAGGAGGAGGAGGAGGCUGAAGAGCCGGUAACGCCGGUGGUUAAAUCCAAAAAGGCCAAAAAAGAAAAAGUAGUAGAAGUAGAAGAAGCAGAAACGUCAGCAGCAGCGGAGGAGACUCCCAAGAAAAAGAAGAAGAAAAAGGACAAGAAAGCUGAACCAGAGGAGGAAGUGGAGGAGGUCGCAGUAACAGAGUCGUCAGAGAAGAAGAAAAAGAAGAAGAAAAAGAAGGCUGAGGAAGAUGAUGAUUGAACCAUGGUCUAGUGUGUAUAUAUUUUCUGUUAGUUUUUAUGCCAUUUUAGUUUUGUGUAUACAUUUAUAUCCAUUACGAUCCAUCAGGAAAAAGAAAAUUAUAAUCGGAUCAACUUUCUUUUAUAACUGAGUGAGACGUGGGUUUUGAAAUCCCACCAUGUGUCCAGUUUUAAAGAUGAUCUAUAAGUUUGGCACCUUUUGUUGGUCAUUAUAUGUGAACACAUCUGUAUGAGACUUGUAUCAGAAGAGUUUCCUUGUCUCAAAUCUUUUUAUUGUCAAAGGCUGUGGACAUCUGCCCUGGUGAAAUAAACAUUUUGCUGUACAUUUGUACUUGGUUGCAUAAAUGUGUAUGAACUAAUGGAACAAGUUAAAUCAAUACUUCAGAAGAACUCAUCUCACAAACCCUCAUCGUCCCCGACAGAAAUUAUGGUUCUAUGCCGCUACAAUGCAAAUCCAUUUACUGUAUGUUGAUCUUUGUACUUUGAUGCAGAACCACAAAUAAAUACAUCCAAGUUAA